AUGUGCGCGGGCUCGGCGCUGCGGCAGCAGUACGGGCAGCAGUACCGGCACUGCUUGGAGCAGCAGUUCCGCCGCGGCCGCGCCGGGCCCUGCUCCGACCCGUCCUUCGUGGAGCGGCUGCGGCAGCGGCUGCGGCGGGAGCCGGCGGUGCUGGGGGCCCUGCAGGAGGACGCGCCCGAGCUGCUGGCCCGGGGGCUGCGGGGCUGGCCCGACCCGGGGCGGGCGCUGCCGGGCAUGGCCCGCGCCUUCCGGCUGCUGGAGCUGGCGGCCGUCAACCUCUACCUCUUCCCCUGGCGCAAGGAGUUCGGCACCGUGCAGACCUUCUCCGGUGCCUACGUGCACUCGCUGCGCUCAGCACUCCCUGAAGCCGACCUGGAGCGGAGCUUCGCCCGGCUGGGCUAUGAACGGCAGGACCAGCACCGCCUGACGGUCUUCCGGCCCCCCCCGGAGCCCGAGCUGCUCGCUGCUGCCUGCGGCUUCUUGGCCUGCCGUCUGGAGUGCGAGAUCCUGGUGGAGGUGGUGCUGUGCCUGCACCCGCACCAGCCCAGUGCUCAGGAGCUGCUGCACGCCCGGCGGCUGGCCGGUAACGUGGAGGCCUGCGUGGAGAUGCUGCAGCAGAUGGGGAUGCAGCCCAAGGCGGCUGCCAGCUGCGGUGACAGCGUGGACCUUUACCAGGCCGAGCCAAGCAGCCCUGAGGACGUGGAGGGCGAGGACACAGCCCCUGCAGCACUGCAGAGUGACCCUGGCAGCCCACGGGGUGCUCUGGACAUGCCCAUAAGGAGCUGGGACUGCUGCGGCGACCCCAAGCUUGGGCAGGAGCUGGUGCUCUCCAUUGGCAACCCUGACCUGGACACCUCUUCUCACCUCUUCCUGCAGCAGGACCUCAGUGGGGCCGGUAGCCUAUUCCCCACCCUGGCUGUGGGGAGCAGAACCCCCCCAGUGCCAGGGGAGCCCCAGGACUCUGCCUGUCCUUCAGCCCCCGAAGAAGCUCCGGAGCUGCCCUGCUACCAGCUGCACUCGUGCGUGCGCCAGGGCGUGCUGCCCUCCUACUGCUGCACCACGUGCCAGCAGCUCCACGCCGGCGCCUGCGCGGCCGGCCUGGCCUGUCGCAGCCACCACCACGGGCAGGAGCUGCGCAGCGAGCGCCAGCAGCGGCUCUGGCUACAGCGCUCGGAGGUGGACAGGCUGCUGACCAAGAGCUGCGGACCCCAGUCGUAG